AUGCCCCGGCAUCGAUGGCUCCCGAGGAGUCUGCCGAGCCCGCAUAGGAUGAGCUCCAGAUCAGCUUCGAGUUCGAGGCUCCGAACACGGCGACUCGUCCAGCCGAAGCCCCAGCUGGCCAAGCUGGAAGCUCGGGAGUUGGCAGUUGAGGACUUUGCCUGUCCUUCGCCGCCUGAGCCCACAUCGGCAUCGUCAUUGUCCGCGCCGGUCCCCCGGAAGCAGGAGUGCAAGACUUCAACGGUCAAAGAUCCCUCGCCUGCCCCGGCUGGCACUUCUCGCCUAUCGACUGAGGAGAAGGGCAAGGGCCGCUCUCUGCCGCUAGCAGAGGAGCCGCCGUUGCCUGGAACCUGA